AUGCCUCACCAUCAUGCCGAUAUGGUGAUGAGGCAUACCCUCCUCCCACGAGAGGUCGUCCCUUCACACCGAAUACCAUUCCUGGUGCCCACCGCCUCUCAGAAUCUCAACAUGCCCUCUCUGGUAGCAAGAGCUCCGGCCUCGUCAGAGACGGGCUCGAGUGGAGGUGAAAAGCCCACCAGUUCGAUGACUACCACGGUUUUGCCCGUCGUUCUAGGUGCUGGUGUGCCCAUUCUAUGUGCCAUCGUGGUCUUGAUUUUCCUCCACCGACGACACGUGAAGAGGCUGUUGCGAGAGGAUGCAAACGACAAACACAAGUCUCUAGACUUUGGCAUGGACGUCGUGGGUCCCUCAGGAGGGCGCAAGAAGAAGGGCAUGCCCAACGGACUGCCUCAGAUGAUGGAACCUAGUCAUACCAAGGGCAUGUCUCUGGACGUGCAUCCCUACCUGCUUCCUCCGGGCCUCCACCGUUCCAGAGACUCGCUGCACUCGCUCUCUCGGUCCAUCGAUGAUGACAAGUAUCUCCCAGCUACCUUUAUAACAAACGAUAAUGGAUCUGUUCGAUCGUUCCCCAGAGGCCGGGACGAUGCCUCGAGCUUCACCGGGUCAACCAGUCGUUUCGGAGUGGAGGAGCCAAACUCGGGACUUUUGCGAAAUGCCCAACGCAUGUCCCGCUCGUCCCCCCCGCUCUAUCCCAGCCCUUCGAACGAGUCUACUCCGCAACCACCUCCAACACACCAGAACUAUCUCGGUCCGCUACCAGGGUCAACGCCGAGUCCUUCAGAGCACGACGAACGUGGAUUAGCGAUUGGAAGCGCAACCACUGAUGCUAAGAGCAGUGAACGGGCUGCUCCGUCGGAGCUGCAUUUCAACCUCAACUCGGAAAAUAGCCUUCAUUUCGAAAUUGAAAGUCCCCUCGACGGCACCGGCAAUGAAAACACAUACCACGAAGAGCGCCUCAACUUUCCCUUGCCGGAGGCGGCGCCAUUCCAUGAGGAGACUCAUCAUGAGCAAAGCUCCACGAUGCAGCUCCCCCGGAUUUCACUACCGGCAAGCGAUGUGACCAGCAGCGAUUAUGGAGAUGAGCGCAAGUCAGAGCUCAUGAUCCCCGCGGUGAAUGUGCACAGUAUCGAGGAUGGCGAGCACGAUGCCAGCAGCGACAACAAACCGCCGGACCUGCCAGAGGAGUCCCCGAACCCGGCCCUUGGUUACGACAACCGCCGUGACACCCGUCGGCUGACUCUCGGAGUGCGCCCGCUCCCGCCAGAUGAUCCGGCCGACAACCCGGAGCAGCGUGCCAACCGAAUUCGAUCCUUCUACAAGGAGUAUUUCGAUGACAGCAAGCGCGAAACCACCUACUACGAAGACUACGGCUCCGAUUUCUAUGACGGAGGCUACGUCUAUGAUCCGGUCUCCGGUGAUUAUUACGAUGCAGCUCCACCCGUUCCGUUUGCCGAACCCGUAGGCCGUCGUGCCAUGACUCCUCCGCCUCGCGCUCCUCCGCGCUUCCAGGGGGCCGCCCGUCAUAUGGCAACCAACUCGGCCGGCUUCAACGGCUUCACACCGGGCCCGCGCGCGUUCUCCUCGGCGUCUGGCCGACUUCCCGGUCCCCGGGGCCCUCGGAAGCCGAUGCCCCCUCCAGCACCACUUCAACUCCUCCCUACUCCUCACAUGCUGAAAGACGACUCCAUCAUGAUGGCGACUGAUUUCGCACCCGGCAUGAACGUCAGAGACCGGCGUGGAGGUCGCCCAGAGACUCCCACGGGCGGCAUGCAUCCCUUCAGCCCGGGUCUCCGAGCUCACACCCCUCUGGCAUCGGCAUUUGAUGAGCUUGCUGUAAUCCCCAGCCCCCACGCCUUGCGAAAAUCUGGCACGUACACCAGUCUGGACUUUGCCCCGCCGCCCCGCUUCAAGAACAGCGACACUGGCAGUGACGCCGGUAGCAUUCGCAGUAACCGGACCGGUAUCUCGAACACCCACAUGAACAACAUUCGCAUGGGUAAUUACCGCAUUAGCCGGCUGCCGGCGGACACGGUGGGCACCAAGGAUGACCUGAUGGCCAGUCUGCGCCCGAACUGGGGUAUGCAAAGAUAAAACAUCUCUGCGCAUCUUUCACUGUCACGACUAUGUUGUUUUGAGGUCCUUGAACCUAUAAUGACCUGCGUUUUAUCUCAUGGUACCCCGGUGCUCUCGACUCUAGGGGACCUUUUAUUUGUCUCCCGUCCGAAACAGUUUCAUUUUUUGUCAUUUUGUUUUUCUAUUCUGGAACAUCUGCCACGGCGUAUAUAGAUGAUGGUUGGAUCCUCAUUGCCCCCCAUACUUUGGGAAUUUUAUUUUCUUCUGCCCCGGGCGCUUGCUCGUCGGGCUGUAUAUAUUCAUUGAAUCAU